ACUUGAUAUGACUGAUUGAUAAAAACAAAAACAUAUUGGAAGAAAAGAAAGAAAUUUAGCUAUAGAAAGUGUUAAUUGCAAAGAGGUAUAAGGAAUUGAAAACUUUGUGAUUUAAUAUUCUAGGAGAAAUGAGUUCACUGACAGAAAACUUGUCAAAAGAAGAUAAGAAGCAACAUGAAUAUUAUGAAUGUGAAGAACAGAACCAGCUCAUAGAGUUUUUUAAGUUCCUGUGGGAAUAUUUUGAGGUUGCAGAAAAAUGGAAAGAAGUGCAGAAUUUCUGUGCACAUCAUCCUGUAGGAAGUGUGUUCCUGCUGGUCACUUUAGGGAUGUGUUCUGUUCCUGUAAUCAUAUUCCUUGUCUUCGUAUUCAGCAGUCUUGUCUUCACAUUCCUUGGAUUUCUCUUUGUUGAAGGAACAUUGUUGGCUGUGAGCACGUUCAUCCUUGGAGGAGCUCUACUGCUGGUCGGGAUGUUAGCUCUCUGCUUCAGUAUGUUUCUUGUCUGCAGCUACUACUUUGUGCAGAUAGGCAGUGGAGUCUUUAAAAACCUUGGAAAGAGGCUGGACUUAUCUGCAUUUAACUGGAGAGGGGAAUCAGGGAAGGAGGAAUGACCCUUGUCAUGAUAACGCAGUGAAAACAUGUUUGAACAAGAUAAUCAUGAAUGUGACAAUCAUGGUGCUGUUUGUUAUAAAAGUGUGACAAGUCUCUGAGUGCCUGCAUGACUCUGAUAUUGGAUUUAUGGUCCCUGGCUCGAUACUGGCUGGUGGAGACUAAGAGCCCUUGCCGAGGCCCGGCUUCCCAAGUAUAAUAACCAGAAUUAAAAUUAUCAUUACAUGAAUCCAAACUGAAAUCAUGCUUUUUUUAGCCUUUUCAUUAAAGUCAAUGCAAAAUUGUUGUGCAAAAAGAAAUGCAUGUAUGAAGAAUGAUACAUUGUCAUUCUUACAAGAUACAAGAUGUUACUUUAACAUUGAUUAUAUAUUGGCAGAUUCAAAUAGACAAAAACUUGAUCUCAUGGAAGAAGUUGAACAAGUCAAUCAAAAUGGCAAUUUAUGUUUUGGCAAUUUAUGUUUUUCCUACAAUGCAUGGACACUAGUGUUUGUGUCAUAAGAUUCUAGUACCGGUGACAUUGUAUAUUUAUUUCAGAAUCAGUGUAAAUAGUUUUAGGAUUAUUUAACUAUUUGAGUGUACUUGAAUGUUUGUCAACAAAUAAGAUUAUGAUAUUUGUUGGGGUUAAUUGAAUGUUUUGAUUUUGAUAUAUAAUAUAUUUAAUGAUUUUUUUUUAUUAUAAAUACAUUGUUAUCUGUUGCAAUAAAAAAUAAACUUGUUAUUAUA